AUGCACAGGAUCACCUCCCUUAUGAAAUUAUGUGGUGAGAAUAUCUCUGAGGAAGAUAUGCUCAAAAAAACUCUGAGUACAUUCCAUGCCUCAAAUGUGCUUCUGCAACAGCAAUAUAGGCAUAGUGGUUUCACAAAGUACUCAGAACUUGUAUCUUGCCUCUUGCUAGCUGAGCAGAACAACGAGCUUUUAUUGAAAAAUCACCAAUCUCGCCCAACAGGCUCAGCACCACUUCCUGAAAUAAAUGCUGCAUCUCGGGAAGUGAAUGCCACCUCAUCUCGUGGCAGUAUCCGCAAACGUGGGCGAGGAGGCAAACAUGGCCGAUGGCAAGGGAGUAGAAAAGAUCGUGGUGCUCAUCCAUACGGCUUGGGGCCGAGAAACAAUCCAUCCAUGAAUGGCAAAAAUGCACCCAGAAAUAAGGGAAAAACACAAGCAAGCUAUGUGCCUAGAAAUAAUGAAAGCGCUUGUUACAGAUGUGGUGCAAAGGGACAUUGGAUGCGUACAUGCUGUACGCCGAAGCACUUGGCGGAUCUUUAUCAAACUUCACUUAAAAACAGAAAAGUGGAGACAAAUUAUGUUGCACCAGAUCCGCCAGCCAUAGACGGCUCAUCGGAAAUAUCGCGUCGUUUAGACAAGACGCAUCUAGAUGUUUCCGAUUUUGUUACUGGAAGGGGGAAUGAAAUUUAUGGGUCCGGACUGGAUUAA